AUGCCGCCCUUCUUCCUGGCUCUCCUGCUUUGGGCGCAGGCGGCAGGAGCCGCCAAGGCCUGUCCUCACCUGUGCGUCUGCUACGAAUCCUCGGAUUUCGUGGACUGCCGUGGCCGGCGCCUGGCCCACGUCCCCCGCAGCGUCCCGCACAGCACGUGGCUCCUGGAUCUGAGGCACAACAACCUGACCAGCCUGGAGGCGGGCUCCUUCGACGCCCUGUGGUCUAUGAAGAUCUUGCUCCUGGCCCACAACUCCGUCGGCCAGCUCUGGCCCAGGGCCUUCGCGUGCCUGGGCUUCCUGGAGAAGAUAGACCUCAGCCACAACCUCCUGUCCCAGCUGCCUCCUGACUUCUCCGAUGAACUGGCCUCCCUGAAGGAGCUCAAGGCGGCCUACAACCGGCUGUUGGCCGUGGGCUAUGAGAGCCUGCAGCACCUGGAGAGCCUGGAGAAGCUGGACCUGAGCUACAACCAAGUGGCUUCCAUUGAGAAGGGGGCCUUUCGGGGCCUGUCCAGGCUUCGCUACCUCUACCUCCAGUCCAACCGGCUGGGGAUUGUCCACAACGGCUUCUUCUCCAUGCUCCAGAACCUGGAAGUCCUCUUCCUUGGCAACAACAACAUCAGCGCCAUCGAGCUGGAGGCCUUCACCUCCCUGCACAACGUGAACCUCCUGGCUUUGACCGGCAACCAGCUCCUCCACCUCAAAUUCAAGACAUUCCUGAACAUCCAGACGCCUAGCACCCACCUCCAGCUCGCCGGCAACCCCUGGGCCUGCGACUGUGACCUCCAGCGGGUCUUCAGCAAGAUCCUGAGCGUCCGCCACCUCCACGUGGAAGACUAUGCCAAUAUCACCUGUGCCAGUCCCUGGCAGCUGGCCGGCUUGCCUCUGGUUUCUGUGGAUGCCCAGCUGUGUGUGGCCGAGACGGCCACCGUCCUGGUGAUCACGGUCACCGUCCUGGUGACGGUCGUUGCCGCCAUCGUCAUGGCGGAGAGGAACAGGAAGAGGAGCCAGGAGAAGAACUGGAACGAGUCGGACGGCCCCUUCGACCCGCAGGAGAAGUGA